UCCCGCAGGCUCCACUGCAGAUGUAUAUAUAAAACAUUUUUUCACAGUUUGCCAGAAGAACAAGUUACACUGUGAUGAACUUUGAAAACUCUGGGAUUCAAGGAACUCACAGGCAACAACAUUACAUUAUAGUUUGCCUUGAGAAAAUAAUUGGAUAAGAAACGUUUGCUGCUGAUAAGGUGUUAUCUCUUUACUGGUAUGACAUUACUUAUUUAGCUAUAAUUAAACUAUAUCUUAUCAAAGUCAGCUAUAAUUCAAGCUCUGCUGACAGCCUAUAAAACCCCGUAACUAAAAUGAUAGCCUUAUAGUAUGCUCUUUAAGGGACUUAUAGUGUGACUACAGUGACUUAUAUAGCUAGGAUGUAACAUACAAUACUUAUACUCACUGCUAUUGCUUAUUGUAGGAGUCUAACAUGUAUUUUCUCAUAAGGGAGUGUUUGAAACAUAAGCUGCAUAAUACUUUCAUAAAAUCAAUUGAAUCUACAACAGAGCCCUGACAGGUGUAACCUUAACUUUUUUUUAUUCAUUCCCUCCAAGCACGUGGUUUGAUUGGUAUGCGCUCGGCGGGGAGCCUCUUUGAUUUCCAGCAGCGCCAGUCCCAGAGCAUGGCCAAUAAUGUUGCUGUGGGGCGGGGAGCAGCGCGGUCUGCAGACCCAGUCUGGCGGGGUGCCGAGGAGAGGCAGCAGGCAGCGGUGGCAGAGAUGGGCUCACACCUCUGAACCACAACUCAACCUCCACUCAAGCAUCUUGGAGACCUGGGACGACUAGUUUUCUUUUUUUUUUUUCUUUCUUUCUUUUUUUUUGAGGGGCUUUGCUCGUGGUGCUCAUAAGGACUGGUAGACUACAGCAAACCGACAGCAGGAGCGGGAAGGUUCAUAGUUGCAUUCCGACGCUCAGCACUCCUGUCGUCUCACCUGCACGGCCGGUGAAGAGGUCCGCUGUAUUAAUAAUAAUGCAUCCAGAUAAGCACUUACCUGAACUGGUGGCCGAGAAAAACAGCUUGGACCCCUCCUUUGUGCAUGCGGUGCGCCUGCUUGCAGAAGAAAUUGAAAAGUAUGAGGGUGAUGAAUCGAGAAAAGAUGGUGACGUGAAGAAAUACCUAGAUAUCAUCAGCAAUAAAAAUAUCAAGCUCUCUGAAAGAGUUCUCAUUCCAGUCCAACAGUAUCCAAAGUUUAAUUUUGUUGGAAAGCUGCUGGGACCGCGGGGAAAUUCCAUGAAACGAUUACAAGAGGAAACAGGAGUGAAGAUGUCCAUCCUCGGCAAAGGGUCCAUGAGGGAUAAAGGCAAGGAAGAAGAAUUGAGGAAAAGUGGCGAGGCCAAAUAUGCCCAUCUGAGUAAUGAUCUUCAUGUUUUAAUUGAAGUCUUUGCCCCACCUGGAGAGGCCUAUUCCCGCAUGAGUCACGCCUUAGAGGAGAUUAAAAAAUUCCUAGUUCCGGCAUGCCGCAUUUUGUUCCCGCAGGACUACAAUGACGAGAUCAGACAGGAGCAGCUGAGAGAGCUCUCCCUGUUGAACGGCUCUGACGAGUCGAGCAGAGGGAGGAGUGCGCAGGGAAGGAGCACGCGACCGGCAACCACAGCAUCCACAAGGGGCCACAGAGGCACAGGAAGGAGUGCAGGAGCGCCUCGGGGGACAGCGGCGGCGACGCACGGCAAACUUCCCACGACUGUUUUAACGAGGGAAGUACAAGCUCCGAGAGCCAGGGGGGCAGCAGGGAGUGCUGGAUACAGGCCCCCGCUGUUAGCAGUCACACAUGAAUCAUACGACGACUAUGGCUACGAUGAUGGAUACGGUGGAGAAUAUGAUGAUGAGAGUUACGAAGCCUAUGAAGAUAACUACAGCAAUCCAUCAAAAAGCAUUUCAGAAUAUUAUGAGUAUGGACAUGGAACCAGUGAUGAAUCCUACAACAACUAUGAGGAGGAGUGGCCAACUACCCGACCCAGUCUCAAAGCCCCAAUUCUACGGCUGACAAGAGGGGGCUACAGAAAACAUCCCUAUGGUAGAUACUGAAGGUGCUCCACAUAUGUGACCUCCGAUUUCAGACUAUUUAUAAUUUUUUUUUAAAUUACUCAUAAAAUGUUGUAGCAGCAUUUUUUUGCCCGUCUCCCUCAGAAACUGAAACAAAAAAAUAACCCCAUAAAGCAUAUAAAUCCACAAAAUUUAGCAUUGUUGCAGUAUGUUUUUUAUUUAUGAUAGAUGGAGUAAUUUUUUUGAAAAAUACUGUACAGAGGAAAUGAAAAGAAACGGGAAGGAUGUCCUUAAAAUUGGUUGUCUAAAUGCCAUUCAUUCCACCGCUGUCUGCCCAAAAAACUGUGGUCAUUUCAGUUUUUUGACAUUAAACUGCAGAUUUUUUUUCUCCUGUUAGUUAUUUUAAAACUAUUUCCAUUUAUUGCCUUUAAUGCCGCAAUAAUCAAAGUUUACAAGCCAACCACCAUAAUGCCGGGAUCAGACUACACAAUAUUUUUGCCUUCGUGGUGAGCAAAUGUGGCGCUCAUUUAAAAUUUAAAAUCAUCGGUUUUCAACCUCAAUCCCCUUUCCCUGCAGUUCGCUGAUUGGUUUGGCUUUGGGGCUCAGACAGUUUUAAGUGGAUGUUUUCCAGACUAAUACCUCAGAGCGAAAAGGUAACCUCAUGAGAUUCUGACUGGCUUCUACACGUCAAAUUUCUCUCCGUAAAUGUAUUCAUUAUUUUGCCCAGUGAAAAUAAAUCAAGGGCAGGUGUGUGGUUAAUUUGUGGCUUGAAGCUUCCGCAGAUCGGUCUGAGAAGCUUAGCUUUGUAUAACUCCAGUGGUGGCGUUAACUUGUUGCAUGGUUUUGCAAAAAGAGGAACCACACACUGCUCUGAACACAAAUGAACUCAUGAACUCCAUUAAAGGCAACAGAUGGAAACCUUACAUUUCCCAGAAUUGAAGACCUGAAUACAAAGUGACUAACGGACCUACACAUCUCUCCAAAAAAUGUUUAAUGUUCAGUAAACUAAAUCAAUCUUCAAGUUUCCCCACAAUUGCUAUAUGAAACUCUGAUGACAUCAUGUUAAAACUGAGUUGAUAACGCAGACUAAAGUUAGCGUAACGUGAUUUUAAAUAUUCUAAGAUGUGAGAUCGUACUCGUGCAAAACAUUUUUUUUUUUUUUUGGUUUGGGUUGAAAGCAAUCAGCAAUGUACAGUGUGUAAUUUAUAAUGAGUGCUUUGUUCUUGUGUGUAAUCUGUAUUUGUACAUAAAGCAUUUAAU